AUGUUUGUCACGCCCCAUGUCGAAUACGCAAUUCAAGCCUGGCGUGCAUGGUUAAAACACGAGCUUAUAGCACUAGAGCAGCCUCAAUGUCGGGCAUUUAAGAAUGUACUUGGAAUGCGUAAUCUUUCAUAUGAGCAGAGGCUGAAACGAUUGGGAGUAUUCAACGGAUGGUAUCGCAGAUUACCAGGCGACCAGCUUGUGGAAUGCUUGAUACUGCGUGACCCACCUCAU